ACGCUUCCGCCCCUUUCAAGAUGGCGCUGCACUCAGUGCGGAAAGCGCGUGGGUGCUGGAGCCUCAUCCGGGCACUUCACAAAGGAUCCGCAGCUGCUCCCACUCCCCAGAAAGACAGCAAGAAGCGAGUAUUUUCUGGCAUUCAACCUACAGGAAUCCCCCACUUGGGCAAUUACCUGGGAGCCAUUGAGAGCUGGGUGAGGUUGCAAGAUGAAUACGACUCUGUGUUGUACAGCAUUGUUGACCUUCACUCCAUCACUGUCCCCCAUGACCCCGCUGUCCUUCGGCAAAGCAUCCUGGACAUGACUGCUACUCUUCUUGCCUGCGGCAUAAACCCAGAAAAAAGCAUCCUUUUUCAACAAUCUCAGGUGUCUGAACACACACAAUUAAGUUGGAUCCUUUCCUGCAUGGUCAGACUACCUCGAUUACAACAUUUACAUCAGUGGAAGGCAAAGACUGCCAAGCAGAAGCACGGCGGCACGGCAGGCCUGCUGACAUACCCAGUUCUCCAGGCGGCUGACAUUCUGUUGUACAAGUCCACACACGUUCCUGUUGGGGAGGAUCAAGUCCAGCACAUGGAGCUAGUUCAGGAUCUAGCACAAAGUUUCAACAAGAAGUAUGGGGAGUUCUUUCCAGUGCCCAAGUCCAUUCUAACAUCCAUGAAGAAGGUAAAAUCCCUCCGUGAUCCUUCUGCCAAAAUGUCAAAAUCGGACCCUGACAGACUGGCCACCGUGGGAAUAGCAGACAGCCCGGAGGAGAUCGUGCGGAAGUUCCGCAAGGCCGUGACGGACUGCACCUCGGAGGUGACCUACGAGCCGGCCGGCCGCCCGGGCGUGUCCAACCUGGUGGCGGUGCACGCGGCGGUGACGGGGCUCCCCGUGCAGGAGGUGGUGCGCCGCAGCGCGGGCAUGGACACCGCCCGCUACAAGCUGGCCGUGGCGGACGCCGUCAUCGAGAAGUUUGCCCCGAUUAAGCGUGAAAUUGAAAAACUGAAGCUGGACAAGGACCAUUUAGAGAAGGUUUUACAAGCUGGAUCUGCAAAAGCCAAAGAAUUAGCAUACCCUGUGUGCCAGGAGGUGAAGAAAUUGGUGGGUUUCCUCUAGGGGGUCUCAGCGAAAUCACAGAAAGGCUUUUGUGCCUUGCAUUCCAUACAUUCUGGAAACAGCAGCUUUCCUCACCAGCAGAAAGUGACUGUUUGGGGACAUUUAAUUUGGCAUAGCUGAUUAUUGGCUUCAUUUGAUGAAUAUUACUUUGUACCUUUGAAACACGACAGUGUUCCAGAUCCCGUCAACAACAUGCUGUGAAUAACAACAACAAAAAUUAAAGCAGCCAUAGCUGUCUGAAUCCC